AUGGCAAAGAUCAUUCUAUUCGGUGCCAAUGGUAACAUUGGCCGACUUUUCCUUAAGUUGACUGCGUCAACUUCGCAUCAAAUUACAGGUGUUAUCCAGAACCCUGACCAAAGGGAGCAUUUGACUACUUUAAAUACUAAUGCAAGUUUCGAAACUUUGAGUCUUGCUCUGGCAACUUCGAAAGAUAUCCAGGACCUCAUGACUUCGCAUGAUGCUGUAGUAUUUACAGUAGGCUCUCGCGGUAAGAACUUGCUUCAAGUAGAUUUGGAUGCAACUGUUAAAGCAUUUGAGGCAGCAACAGCUGCCAAUAUCAAGCGGUUUAUCCUUAUUAGUGCGGUCUAUGCGGAAUCAAGGGCCUUCUGGAAAGAUAGUCCAAUCUUGAAUUACUAUAUAGCAAAGCAUUAUGCAGACAGAAUCUUGGAGGAUGAGUUUCCCAAUUUGGACUAUACUAUUCUCAAGCCCACUUUACUCACUGAUGGCGAAGGAACUGGGAAAGUCCGCAUUUUGCCACCUGCUAGGGGUGAUGGGUCAGAUCAGCCUGGAAGUAUUGACCGUAUCGACGUGGCGCGGGUAAUGUUGAGUAUUUUGAAUGAGCCAUCAACCUUUAAAGCGUCCUACAACUUUGCCAAUGGUGAUGUACCCAUUGACAAAGCUUUUAAUUGA